AUGAAUCCACUAUCUGCUCGAAAGUUUGUUAACCCGUCCAGGAAACAGCGGAGUUCAGCCAUGUCUCGGAAUGUUCUAAAGGCUAUACAAAACAACCCAAAGGAAAACGUGGACAUAAUGGCAACAAUUUCAAAUUGCUCAUCCCAUGCUACUGUUGAACAGAUGAAUAUAUCAUUUUCCAACAGUUGUUUUGAAAAGCUGUCCCCUGAAAAAUCUUGUCACUCAGUGUUGCUCUACAACUUCCACUCCUUUCUCAUUCCUACAAUUUAUGACACAAUUUUUGUUGUUGGCUUUAUUGGCAACACCAUAAUUACAGUUGUUCGCUGCCUUAAAGUCAGCAGAAAAACAGUAGCGAUCACCUAUAUCCUGAAUUUAGCAAUUGCAGACCUGCUUUUCCUCCUGAGUCUUCCUUUAUGGGCUGUUUAUUAUGUGCAAAACUACAACUGGACGUUUGGGACUUUCCUGUGUAAAAUCUGUUGUGCUGUUUUGUCCAUUAAUUUGUAUGCUAGCAUAUUUUUCAUUACUUGCAUGAGCGUGGAUAGAUCUUGCUAUCCCCCACAGUCCCAGAGCAGAAGAAGUUUAUGCCAGGAUCAGUUUAUCACCAUGAUGGUGUGGAGUUUGGCUUUUUUCUUGACUCUUCCAACAAUUUACUUCAGAAACACAUACUAUCUGGAAGAGUAUAAGGUGACCGCAUGUAUAAUGGAUUUCCCUCAGGAUGACUUCUCUACCUGGUCUGAUGCACUGGGACUAAUGAAAAAUACGCUUGGCUUUCUUGUUCCAUUUUCGAUCUUCAUCAGCUGUUACAUUGGCAUUGGAAAGUACCUGCUGAAAACGCCGUACCUGGAAAUAAACAAGCACAAGAUGGACAAGGUCCUGUUGAUGGUGCUGGCUGUAGUGCUGGCUCUUUUCAUCUGCUGGUUCCCCUUUCACAUCCUAACAUUUCUUGAUGUCUUUACCAUGUUAAACCUCAUUACAAGUUGCAAGGUGCCAACCCCAGCCGCGUGCCACAAUACCUUGAUGCCUUUAACACUUUGUGUGACCUUUGCCAAUAGCUCUGUUAACCUUUUGCUAUACUGCUUUGUGGGCAAUGAUUUCCAGCAGGAGCUCAUCUACCUAGUGAAGAGACGCUCAUCAGCAUUCCUUAAUAAAAGGAACUCUAUCCGCACACAGCUGAACUCAUUUUCAAGAAAAUUAAGUGAUGUGUAGGAGUUGGGAGGUUUACCCAAGUCAGGCCAUUCCUAAGAGGAGUGUAUAUUUGUGGAUCACUUCAUGUGUUCUCUCGCUGGUCUUCAACACUCAUCAUCUGACUCUGUUCAAUGCCACCAUUUUGUUGAAUCCAAAAUUUACAAGUUUAAAUGAUAACCAUCAUUAAAAGCUCUAUUUUUUAAAUUCAAUCUUAUAAUAAGUAUAAGUAAUGUCAUUUAGGAAAAAUACAUUUUUAACUACAGUAUUUUGUUACAUGGAAAAAGUAGUGUUUUUUUCAAAACAGCUUAUGUGUAUAAAUGCAACUUUGGCUUAAGUAAUACUUAAUUUAAAAUUGUUUCGGUCAGAUAUGGGUGAAGCCAGUUUUGUGGUUGGUGUUUUGACACUUGUUUUCAUUCCAUCAAAUUUUCUAAUUAAGGCCCUUUGAAAUAGUUUAUUUGCUUCUGUUUGGCACGGUGGUUAGCACCCUAACUUCUUGCUUGCCUCCAAGGGCCAGAAUUUUAUUUCUGUCCUGGUUACUCUCUGUGUAGAAUUUAUAUGUUCUUUCUGUAUACUCUUGGGCUUUAUCCAUGGGUUUCAGUUUUCCUCUCAUAUGCCAAAGAUAUUCUUGUUCGGUUAACAGAUAAUUUUGGAUUAGCUUGGUGUGAGUGGCCAUUGAUGUAUGAG